AUGUUGCUAUCACGGGUCAGGCGAUGCUACAGGUACGUGAGGACGAUCGCCAAGUGCUCAACUCGCAAUGGCAAUCCAAGUAGCAACUCCCUCUUUGCUUUGUGUUGUAGUAGUCUCCAUAGCGAAGCCUCGAGGCAUGGGAAGGGGACAAGACCCUACUUCGAUUAUGACCAGGACUGCAAGUUACUGAGGAGGCUGCAGAAGGGAGAACUGGAUGUGGACGAGUGGGGCCACGUGGACGAUCACAGGGACGUUUUGAAGAUUAAAAAGAAGUACCUCAAACUGCUCCGACUGUACCACCCGGACACAUACGUAAGCGAGAAGAACGAACAGAGGAAGAAGCGGAAGGAAGAAAUCUUUUUGCACGUUUAUAGGCACUACAAAAGCUUCACCCAACAGUAUGACCACCUGUACAAGUCAGACAUCAAUGAUGAAUCUGUGUACGAAACUGAACAGGAGAGAGGUGAAAGACUGGAGCGGUACAGACGCUACUCUGAGGGGAUGAGGAAUGACGUGUCUCACUUCCACAAGAACGUCGAAAUUUAUAUCCUAGUUACCAUUUUAGUGACCUUUGGGGGGGUCCUCCUGGUGUGCGUCUACCUACCCUUUGACGUGAACACCUUCAGGGAAGAGCUAUGCGACGGCGCGGACAGCGGAGAAAGCGCCCAGGUGAUCCCCUGCUUUUACAACCCCGUCAUGAAGCGGUACGAGUACCUCCCUAGCGGAUAUGCCCCCCCGCACCCACACCAGUUGUACUACUUUUACAAAAAUAACUUCCCAGAACUGUUCGUGGACGAUGACCUCCUAAAGCUGAGCCGCUUCGAAGUGGUCCAGUUGCCAAAAAAUCGAGCAAAGAAAUGCAGGCUAGUUUAUGACAUAAAGAAAAACGAACUAAUUUUUUUAAAAAAAACAAAACAGGAAAGAUGA